CUAGAUUGUGAUUCACUCCGUGAAUUAUAUCGUUCUCGAACGUUCCGAGGACGCAUCCGGAGAAAAUGCGACGAGAUAAGCUUUUUAUGAAACACAGAUAAAGCCCGUCAGGACAACGUCAUCGUAUAAAUAUCGUGUGAAAAAAAACACCUGGAUAAUUGGGGAUAUGCGUUUUGUGUUGUUCAAUAUCAAUUGCCCGGCAUCGAAGGCAUUGAGAAACAUAUUGCGUACACAGUUUUGCAAAAGUCAACUCGUGCCGAGCGAACGACGAAAAGCUAUGUAAUGGAAUUUGAUGAUGAAAGCAAAAUCCGGUGAUACGGGAACGGCUCAGGUAUGGCAGGAGCAGCGCAAGGCACACCGGAGUCGGAUACCGGGAGUUUCGAGUGUUUCCGAAACUACACAGCACCGGAGGUGUUCGUGCAAGGCCUAGCCGGUAUUGUUGAUCAGCAGGAUGUGGAGUCCAUGAUACGCGCUCAAAAACAGAUGUUGCAGAGGUUUGAGAAAACCAACGAGAUGCUGACCAACUGCAAUCAGCUGUCGGUGAACAGACUCAAGACAGCCGGUAACGAAUUCAAAAAGCACACGGCUCUUCUGAUAGAAAUGAAGAAAGAUCUGGAUUACAUUUUUAAGAGAAUCCGUUUAGUGAAAAACAAACUGAGUCAACAAUAUCCGCAGGCGUUCAACGAGGCUGUAAGGAGCAGUUUGGCGGAAGAAGUGAUCGUGGAGGACGUCGAUUGUCCGGUGAAACCACUCGAACCGGAGAUCGUGCCGUUGCCAUCCGCCCCAGUUCAAAGUGCCGAUCGAGAUCCCGAUUCAGAUGGUAAUGAAAUCUCCACUAAAAGUCAUAUCGCUAAAGAAUAAAAUCUCCCGAUUCUCGUCUCGAUCAGAUAUGUGUGUGUGUGUUUAAAUGUGAAAAAAAAAAAAAAAAAUUACCUGUGGAACUCACGGACGAUUAAAUUCAGGUAACGCAUCAGAUUUCUAAUAUGUCUAUAUUGAGAAUGAGUCAGAGUGUGUCCAUAUAUUGCUUUGUUGUGAGAAACUAAAGAGACCUGUUUAGUCAGAACCAAUUGUUUGAAUAUUGAAACGAUUUUAUUGUUGUGAAAAAUCUAUAUGUAAGUACAACAUUAUAUAUAAGUGUGUGUAUAUAUAUAUAUGUAUCAUAUAUAUAUAUAUAUAUAUAUGAUACAUAUAUAUAUAUAUAUACACACAUGAAUGCAUAAAAAACUAUUUUAAAGAGGAUAUUUCUAUUAGAAAUUGAUGUUAAUAAAAAAGCAACUAGGAUAUCUCGCUUUUCUUAUAAGAUUGCGCUUUUACCUGACGUCAUGUGCAUUUUCUCUCACGAGAGAGAAUGAUCAGUACAAAAAAAAAAACUCGCUGUAAAGAAGGUAUAUCGAUUGCAUCGAGGCGACUCGAGGUUUCUCGAUUAUUUUGAUUAUCACUCGCAUGUAAGAAACGAAUCAUCGCGUGUUACUCUGAGCAAGUUCGCAGUGAUUACGAAGUAAGCUUCCUUACCAAUUUGGGUCGUUGAAAAAAUCACGGACUGUACGUGUAAUUUUUUUUUUUUUUUUUUUUUUAAUCACAAGUCGGCAAGAGACAACAGUGUCCGAUCUCGUCCGCUUCCGGACACUCGCGGACGUACGGAAGCUUACUGUUUUCAAGUAUUCCUCUCUGCACUACUACACGUUAUUCACCAAUUUGUCGCGUAAGUAUGUACAUAUCGCAACACACGCUUUCGAUGUAUGUACGAGUCGAUAUUUACUGCUUCUUCCAAAGUGCAUAUUAAACGGAAGCUUGUUCAUGUGUUAUCAUAGAGUGCAUUAUUGUAAAUAAAAAAGAAAAAAGAAAGAAAGAAAAGGUAGUUCGCGCGUUGUCACUACCUCGUCCGCACCGAGUCAUCUCCGUUCCACGCUGCUCCGUGUUACGUAGGUACGUCUGCAACAGAUUUACAAUCGAGAUCACUCGAGAAUCAGUCUCCACGAUGUUGUACAAGUUUGUUUUCGUCAAUAAAGUUUCGCUAGGGAUACACACACACAUACACAAGCUUGAAAAGGAUUGAAUUUAAGUCGCGACCACGCAUAUCUUCACGACACGUGUAUCUUAGAAGCAUGACGAUCUCAUUCCUUCAAAGGUAUUGAAGUUCCGUUGUAUGCGCACUCUCGAUGUGUAAGAUAUAAUGCGAUCGACAUUGUAAAGACGUUUUGAUCCGGUCAGAGAGCAAACAAAUAUAUGUGAUUGUUGUUUAUUCUCA